UUAAAAAAUGAGCGCAGAUGAGCCGUCUCCAGAAGACGAAAAAUAUCUGGAAAGUCUACGAGAUUUGCUGAAAAUCAGCCAAGAAUUCGAUGCAAGUAACGCAAAACAGAAUGACGAACCAGAAAAAACAGCAGUUGAAGUGGAAUCGGCUGAAACCAGAACCGACGAAUCUGAAAAAUCAAUCGAUAUUCCACGUGAACAGCAACUUUUACCCUCCGAACGUGUUGAGCCUUUAAAAUCAAUGGUGGAACCAGAAUACGUGAAAAAAGUGAUAAGGCAAAUGGAUACAAUGACUGCUGAACAGCUAAAACAAGCGUUGAUGAAGAUUAAAGUGUCCACAGGCGGAAACAAGAAAACUCUUCGAAAACGGGUUGCACAAUAUUAUCGAAAGGAAAAUGCAUUAUUGAAUCGAAAAAUGGAGCCGAAUGCCGAUAAAACUGCACGCUUUUUUGACUAUUUAAUUGCAAUUGAUUUCGAGUGUACGUGCGUCGAGAUUAUAUACGAUUACCCACACGAAAUCAUCGAAUUACCGGCAGUUUUGAUCGACGUUCGGGAAAUGAAAAUUAUCAGCGAGUUUCGAACCUAUGUCCGACCUGUCAGAAAUCCGAAGCUCAGCGAAUUUUGUAUGCAGUUUACCAAAAUUGCCCAAGAAACAGUCGAUGCUGCUCCAUAUUUCCGAGAGGCUCUUCAACGGCUGUACACAUGGAUGCGAAAAUUCAAUCUCGGACAGAAAAAUUCCAGAUUCGCAUUUGUUACUGAUGGACCUCACGAUAUGUGGAAAUUCAUGCAAUUUCAAUGCCUUUUAUCGAAUAUUCGAAUGCCCCAUAUGUUCCGAAGUUUUAUCAACAUCAAAAAGACAUUCAAAGAGAAAUUCAAUGGACUUAUCAAGGGAAAUGGAAAAUCCGGAAUUGAAAACAUGUUAGAACGUCUGGAUCUGUCGUUUGUUGGAAAUAAACAUAGUGGAUUGGAUGAUGCAACGAAUAUUGCAGCGAUUGCGAUUCAAAUGAUGAAGUUGAAAAUUGAGUUGAGAAUUAAUCAGAAAUGCUCGUAUAAGGAGAAUCAACGGAGUGCUGCGCGAAAGGAUGAAGAGCGAGAGUUAGAAGACGCUGCAAACGUGGAUCUUACAUCAGUCGAUAUCUCUCGUCGUGAUUUUCAACUUUGGAUGCGUCGUUUACCACUGAAACUGUCCUCUGUGACACGACGAGAGUUCAUAAAUGAAGAGUAUUUGGAUUGUGAUUCAUGUGAUGAUUUGACUGAUGAUAAGAACGACGAGGCGGCAUUCCAGGAAAAAAUGGCAAUUCGAGAGUAUUUGGAGAAUAAACAGACGGAAGAUUUCGCGAAAAUUGCUGCUGAGCGGGGAAUUUUUAAAAUUGGUGAAAUAAAAUCAUAUCAAACUGCAAGACCGAUAAUAGAGGAUGAUGACGUGGAUGUUGAAAGUGAAGAGGAAGAUUAUGGAACUGAAUUUGAAAUGUUGGAAGUUGUGGAAAGAAUGCCUCCAGUUAGUUCUACGUUACACACUGAAGUCGAUUUAGAUGCUGUAUGGGAACGAGAUGGUGGAAGUGAUUCUGAAAGAGAAAACCUCUCAAAUGCUCCAAGUCUCCACGAGUUUCCAUCGUCAUCCACAUCAUCACCACAUGCCACGUCAGAACAUGUGACGUCAUCAUCACCACUUCAUAUCGACGAUGACGUGGACCGCGUGUUGAAUGCGCCGCCCAAAAAUUCGUUGGCAUCGUCUUCAAAUCGAUCUAGUUUCUAGAUUUUCUUGUAUACGAAUUUAAUUAUUUUUGCAGGUUUUGUAGUAUUCGAGUAUUUCAUUUUCAUUUUUGAUCUCAAUUUUUUUUCGCUCCAAUCUUUUUUCUCCUUUAAAUCGCGUUUAUAUGAAAUUUGUCACAUGUUUU